CGUCACAGCGCUUAGGUACUAUACAUGCAGCCCCAUAAAUUACUUAAGCAGAUACUAUCUAGGUACCUAGGUAGACUCGAAGGCUCAACAACUUUCUUAAAGGUCUUAUUCCAAAGAAAUCAUAGUGAGUGAUAGAUGCAUAAGCACGUCCAAGUAGGUAGGUAAUUUCAAUCAAUUGUCGGUUAAGAAGAUAAUGUCCCUCUUUGUGCAUAAGAGAAAGUAUAUUUAUUUACUAAAAGGCAAAAGUUCGCUUCUAUGAAUCAAUAGGAUUCAAUAGUAUUCGUACUAUCCGAAUAAUUAUUAUAACCCAAAUGCGACCAAGUUAUCGGCAAACUUCAUAUCAUUCUUCUUCCUUAACAAGCCGUAACUCACCCAUUACCUAUGUUAGGUAGGUAGUUUACAAUGAUCAUACCUAUAUCAAGAAAUUUCAUUAAUACAGCUACUUUCCGACCAGACGAGUUGAUCACUACCACGAGAAAACCUUCCAAUGAGUGAACUUUCUUUACUAUUACCGUCCAUCGUGGCGAUGCGACUAGAGCCUCAUCUACCACCCUUGCAGCCAACAUCCUCUCCAGAGGACGUAUCUUCGUCGUCUAAGCUACCCUUCGUCACACUAACAUUUGCCACUUCGCUUGAUUCAGCGCUAUCCCUCGGGCCAGGUAUUAGGACGGCUCUUUCAGGUCCAAAAUCAAAAGCUAUGACCCAUCAUCUUCGCAGUCGCCACGAUGCUAUCUGCGUUGGGGUCGGAACAGCUAUAGCCGAUGACCCAGGGCUGAACUGUCGUCUCGCGGCUGAUGCUGCGCCCUUGGAGACUUCGCCGACCGCCGAUACAGCUGGCGUCGGCGCUCUCUUAGGGCUUGCCUCCAUCUCAACCAAGCAAUCUGUGAUCGAUGAAACUAACAGCGCCAUGACUGCGCGUCACCCUCGACCCAUAGUUAUCGACCCAAGAUUACGUUGGGAUUUCACUUCCGAGAGCAAAGUGAUGAAGUUAGCUCGGGCAGGCAAAGGCUUGGCUCCAUACAUCAUAACAGCUAUACCUAACCCACCUGAAGAUAAGAAGAAAUUAUUACAAGGCCAUGGCGGGAAGUUCAUCGUCCUAACCCAACCUCAAAAUACCGUAUCUGGUGUGGGUCCGGACAAUCGUCGUUUCGAUUGGCGUGCCAUCUUAGCAGCCGUACGAAACGAGGGGCUACAGAGUAUCAUGAUCGAAGGCGGCGGCGAGGUGAUCAACUCACUUCUUUCUCGGGAAAAUUCACAGCUAAUUGACUCGGUUAUAAUAACUAUCGCGCCCACUUGGCUCGGUCAGGGGAGUGUUUUCGUUUCUCCACCUCGAAGUGUCAAUCCUGGCGGUAGCCCGAGACCUGUAGCUCGGCUUUCAAACAUAACAUAUAUGCCCCUUGGAGAAGAUCUAGUCCUAUGUGGAAAUUUUGCAUCCCAAGAAUAAUACCUCUGGCUAUGCUAAUGGUCCUUUAUAAGGUUCUGAGUGCGUCGUGCUUGAUGAUCAUGUGGCUCCAAAUACUAUUUCGACAUGAUGAUACUUAUCUUCCCGUGGAGUUGUCUCAAAUCUUCUCCAGCGUUGGGUCCUUGAUAUCUUGGGUCCCGAUCUUUCAUAUAUCGGUUUAUUUAAACUAUAAACUUAUCAACAAUGUCAGGUAUCAAGGAACUCAACAUGCGGACGAUAUUACCAUCGAAACUACACGUCUACAUGCGGGACGAAACUAGCCAAAACUUUCUAGGCCUUAGCUAUAGGACAUAGAUAAUGAUCUUUACGGACGUGACCUAUAUGUUCUUUUUGGAAAUACUACCUAUCUAGGUAGUUAUCUAUCUAAACUCGGAUUGAAUCGCUCGUAUUAGACUCUAUCUAUCAAGUAGUUAUAAGAGGCAUGGUGAUAGUACCUUUACCAAUAUUUUCGCCUAGAAUUCCAGAUAACACCUUCAACCCAGUUCUUCUCGUGGUAUUAUAUUCAAGAAGUUGUAUUUUAUAAGUAGUAUAAGCCAGAUGGAUUUAGGGAAUAUUCCAGCUAAGAUACGAUAUAUAUACUACAACAACAACCCCUUUCCUUCACGUACGACC